AUGGCGCUGAUUAGGCCCCAUCAGUUGACACCCCUGAGUAUCAGUAUCAGAUAUCGUAGUGGUAUUGGCUCAAAUACUCCCCCUUUCAAGUCGAGAAUCGAAGAAGACGAUCUAAAGGAUCUUGAGGCGUUGUUGAAUAAAAAAUCCAUCAAGGAGUUGCAGAAGUCUAAGACGGGAGAGGAACUUUUGGACCUCAUCCACUGUCCCACUGCCAAGGAAACUACCGUCACUGCCAAGGUUGAUCAACUGAGAGGAGGAAAUGCUUCUCUGUACAAGCAGCUUUCUGAUGCUAAUCAGCAAUUCCACGAAGCUGCUACUGAUUAUCGGGUGCUGAAAUCAGAUGUGGAAGCUCUGACAGUGAAGAAAUACAGGAAAAAGGUGACACAAUGA